AUGCCGCGAGGUGCUCCUCCCAUCUCUGCCGAUGAAUUUGCGCGUUUUCUCAAGAAGUGCACUCCCUUACACGGAUGGACACGCAGCAUAUCUGUAGCUAAUUCUGGCGGGCCCGAUUCCACUGCCUUGCUCUUUUUGUUAAAGCGGCAUAUUGACGGUGUACGCGCCAACUCUCCGCACUCGCUUCCGGCGCAGCUUUACUCACUCACCGUCGACCAUGCUCUCCAACCCGAGUCCGCGAAAAUGGCAAAAUUGGCAGAGGAACGCGCCACCAGUAUGGGCAUUCCGCAUGUCACUUCAAGAGUACCCUGGGGCCAAGAUCCAUUUCCUGAACAUCCGGGGGAGGGAGACGCAUUCGAGGAGACCGGCAGAGUCGUCCGUUACCGGCUUUUGUUGGACCGCAUGAAGGAACUUGAUUCGUACAUCCUCGCGCUUGGCCACCACGGAGACGACCAGGUGGAAACUUCUCUAAUGCGUCUUGCAAAAGGCACGACAGAGAUCGGCGCUGGAGGAAUGCGAAAGGUCCGACGUUGGGGCAUGGGAAUGCACAACAACGAUUUGAACUUUGCUGGGAUGGAUGGAAUGCGACGUUGGAUGAUUCGUCCCUUACUGGAUUUAGGAAAGGAAAGAAUUCUUGCGACAUGCUAUGCUAAUAACCUCGAGUUUGCGACGGACACAACCAACUUCCAGCCCGAACUAACACUGCGAAACGCCAUUCGAACACUGGUCUCACAAAACUCAUUCGAACCAGAGUCGUUAGGGCCAAACAUUCCUCUUCAUAUCCUCGAUGGUCUCCAACAAAUCAAGACGAAUAUAUCCACCCUCCAGUCAGUGGAAAUGGAUCCUUCGGGCGGGUUAGAUCAUCUGCGCAGCGCAGUCUCCGUAUUGUCCAACCAGUUGGAAGACAUUGAUAGUCUUGUUGACAGUGGUCUCAAUCGAUGUCAUCUUCCUUCGCCAGCAGGCACAUAUCUCGUCUCUUCUCGUGGGCUUGCGACUGUCAACGACCCCCUUGUCCAACACGCUUUGGUUCUCCGAAUCAUGCGUUACGUCUCGUUUUUCGCCUGGGGAACUAUCCGCGCGGAUGCUAAUAGGCGGCGAGUUAGCAUAGAGCGCAUCAUCAGAUCUCUAUGGACACCCGACCCAUUCCAAAGCGGUGUCAAGCCUUUUGUUGCUGGUGGUGGGGUAGUUUGGACCCCCGUUUUGGUCACCAAAUCGCGCCUUAAAUUCCCCGUCAAUAAUGUCGCGCCAGUCCGCAAAUCAGGCGAUCUCGUUGGAUGGUUAGCGUCCAGACAGGUUCCGUUUAUCGAAGCACGCCUCCAAGCGCUUGGUAUGCCGAAUGUGCUCAAACGAGAUAUCACCGAGCAAUUGCGCGCCUAUCUGGCCAUCCGACAUGAAAAACCGGGCCAGAUAUUCGAUUUCCUCUGGGACAAUCGGUUCCUGCUCCAUAUCAACGUGGACGGCAUUUCCGAAAAGAUAGCUCGAGCGGUGUUGGAGGAGGGAAACCAAAUAUGGGUUUAUCCCCAUUCGCGAUGGUUCUGGCCCAAGGUCGUUCAGUUUGACGCAACAGGGAGCGAGGCCAGCGAAACAGUCCUACACUCAACGUUGACUGUCCCCAAAAGGGGUAUUGUACCGCUUGACAGGGACGUCAUGCUCAAGUGGCCGCAGGCCUACACGCGGGACUUAGAGGAAAUUACCGCGCCUUGGAUAGAAACGGAGUAUAUCAGAUCACUCUCAGCAUUAUAA